UUUCCGACUUCCUCCCGUCCUGCAACAGUUCUUUCUUCUAAUAUUUUUGCAACAGCUCGUUAUGGCAGGAACGGCUGGAAAGUACGAGAAGCUGCACGAUUCAAGUCGUGAUGAAGACGGCUCACGUCCCACUGCAGGUCGUCGUCAUUUGCUGCCAUUGAAUCUAGACACGCCUAGGCUGCCCAGAGCUUGUCAAGUUCACUUGGUAGUGACUGUCCUCAUGGGCGUGGCAACUGCGGGCAUGGUGAUUGUCACGUUUUGGCCACACAAUAGUACAACCGUUGAAACUGUUGGUCAAAACACGACGACAUACCUUGUUGAUGUAGAGGCAAUGAUGAACGAAAUGAAAGGCGGUCUGUCGAGUAAUCUGACAGAUAGCUUUGUACAAUUGACGGACAACCUUACUGUCCAUGUCGAUAUAUUUGCUGAGAAGUUUUUUACCGCAGUAACCAAUAUUACGGAUCAAGUUACAAAUCAGAGAGAUAAACUGUUGGCUGUUGCUACUGCUCUAAAUGAGACACUGGAAACUUUGUCUACAUUACAAACUCGGCUCAAAUCAAAAACCGAACAGUUGAUGAUGAUGAUACCCAAAAAUAUGACAGACUUACAAAGAGCACUUCAUGACAGUGUGCAAGCACAAAGUCAACUUUUAUCUACUGUGGCGGUUGUAACAAAUGAAACACAUAACGAAAUAAUCUCUGCUCAGACAGCAACAGGAAAAACUUUGGAUCUACUAACCAAUUUGAGGACCAAGAUACCAGAGAGCAUAUCUGAUGAUGUCUUUGCAUUAGAAGAAGGACAAGACGACUUAUUUGGUGUUCUGGGAGGAGCAUCUGAUGGAAUGAAAGAAGUCAUUGUAAUGACAGAUGACAAUGCUAGAGCAAUUGCAAACAUCAGUUUGACUACUCAUGAGAAUUUAUUACCGGACUUAGAUACUCUUUCUUAUGGACAAGUGGAUCUGGAAGAAGGUCAAGAUAAAAUCGAGCGACUACAAGAUUACUUGUCAACCAACUUAUCUCAUACCAUUUCUGAUAUCAAACAGCAACUUUUUGGGUGUGGCAUGGGUCAUGAUCCGAACGUCAGUGCGAGUCUGGAUUUUAUGAACGACAGUCCAUAAGCGUUGAUCUUUGAUCACGUGAUAUGGACGCUGUAAGAUUUGGAUAUUGAGACAGGAGUUUGGACACAUUUAUUAGAUCGAACUUUAUUUAGUUUUAGUUGUCUGGUCUUGAACAACGCAACUGCUGUUUAGUCACUUUAUAAAUUACAUGUUAACGUUUUUGUUCCU